UUAUGGUUAUCAAACAACAUUUCCCAUGAGUCUUUUAGUUGAUGACGUCAUAAAACAGGAAGUAAACAUGGAGGAAAAUGUCAUCAAGCGGCUUCACUGAGGCAUGACAGAUCGCACAGGAAAACUGCAUUGAGUGAACCGGUCUGAGCUGAAUACUGUAUGCUUCCUCCAGAAACCAGUGUGCUGUUUCCCUGGCCUGCGUGAUCCCUGCUUCUCUCUGUGAGAGUGCUCAGGGCCAUGGCUGAGGUGAUGGGACAGAGGAGCCUUAUGGGCUUCGGUGUGCUGCUGGCUUGGCUAUUGCUUUUCCACCUGCUGGUUAAUAUUUGGCUCCUAUGUGUGUUCACCAGCUUGCUGCUGGUGCUUGGAGGCUGGUUUGGCUCCCUGGCUAUCUUGGAGUCCAACAGCUUGGUUCAUCUGGAGAGGUUCAUCAAUCUGGAACAGGUUCAGUCAUCUGCAGAGGACGAAGAACAUUUGGACCAGGAGAUCCAUAACACAGUGAGAAAAAUAAUCAGAGACUUUGUCAUUUCAUGGUACUCCACUGUGUCCACAGAGAGUAGUUUUGAAUUAGAAGUUCAUGAAGCCAUGAUCUCUAUGGCCAUGAAGAUGAAACUGCUGGCCAAACACAUUGACAGAAAGGAGUUGACACAGAAGGUCCUGAACCUGGUGGGUGGCCACCUGCAAGACUACCUCACAGCCAAGGAGCUGGCCAAAGAAAAACAGCACAGUGAGUGCGAACAGUUGUGGAAAGCGUAUUCCUCUGUCGCCACUCCUCACGUUGCUAUGAGAGACGAUUCAGCAGAAGUCAACUACGUCCGAGCCAUUGUGGCUCUGCUGCUGCAUGUUUUGGUGCCAUCACCUCAUUUAGAAACCAACACAGGACGCUUUGUUGUCGGAGAGCUUAUCACCUCUAAUGUCUUUCUCCCUCUAGUGGCUAAACUGUCAGACCCUGACUGGUUAAACCUCCUGAUCAUAGAAAUCCUCUGUAAGUCCAGCGCACCACUGGACACUGUAGCAUCCAGACUAGAGACUUGCAGCUUGCCACUGCCUGCUGCUGAAUCUGAGGCUCCAACUCUACAGUGUGUAACUCAGGCAAACAGUGAGUCACUUCAACAAGGAACAGAGACAGAGCUGACUGACACGGAAGCUGCUCUGCCUGAACUCCAUGCCUAUGAUGCGACUGACACAGAGGAGAUGAAGUUCCCCCAGACAUUCUCUGGAGAAGAGGAAGCUUCUCGACCCUUUUUAAGAUGCUACCUGAGAGGAAGAAAGUCCAACCCAUUUUACCAAGAAACUGACUCUGAUCCUGACUCUCCUUUGGCGGACUACAAACCUACCUCCACUGAUUCUUUGCUCAUGAUGGGUCAAGAAGACACAGUGUAUGACAAAUCCAGAAAUUACAUCACAACUGCUGAGGACAAUAGUAUGGACUUGGAAGAGGUUUCCCCAUGUCCAGUGGGCAGCUCUUAUCCUAAGGUCUUGUUGAAUUCAGUACUUGUGGACAGUCCUAAUGACGGGUGCCUGUCAUCACUCAGGGACACAGAGGUAACUUGCAGUACCAACAGCCUUCAGGAUCUGAAAAGAGAAAACAGUUCCCCUGCAGUAAGUCAAAGCAGAGAGAUUGUCUUGGGGGUAGAGCCGGCUGGAUUGGGAAAUCCUAGCGAGCUGAUCAUGGCUAGUCCACUGCAGGGCUGUUCUCCCAUGUCGACGUUCAGUUUUGAGCCCCUCAGGAGUCCAGAAGGACCGGUCAUCAUCCAAAACCUCCGCAUCACUGGUACCAUCACAGCCAAAGAACAUCGUGGCACUGGCUCACACCCAUACACACUUUAUACCAUCAAAUAUGAGACAUCGAUGGGUUGUGAGAACCUGGAAAGCAUCCAAGCAGGCUCUGAGCUUAUAGAGACUAUACAGAUAGGCUCAGAGAAUACAACUCCUAUCCAGCCUGUGGCAUAUCACAUGGUCAACAGAAGAUACAGCGAGUUCCUAAACCUACAGACUCGGCUUGAAGAAAAAUCAGAACUGCGGAAACUCAUCAAAGGUGUGAAAGGUCCAAAGAAAGUUUUUCCUGAGAUGCCAUUUGGAAACAUGGACAGUGACAAGAUUGAGGCAAGGAAAGGACUCCUUGAAACCUUCUUAAAGCAACUGUGUUUCAUCUCUGAAAUAGCCAACAGUGAAGAGAUGCAGGAGUUCCUUGCUCUCAACACAGAUGCUAGGAUUGCCUUUGUGAAGAAACCGUUCAUUGUGUCUCGCAUAGACAAGAUUGUGGUGAAUGCUAUUGUAGGCACCCUGAAGACAGCAUUCCCUCACUCUGAACCUCAGAGCCCCACAGAGGACACUGAGUCCGAGGUGGAUGGAGGGAAGAUGGGUACAGACAAGAAGAACCGCUCACGUCUCAAACUCUCCAGCAAAGGCGUCCUCUUCAUGAACGGCUCAGAAAUUAGGCCGCCUGUGUCGUUUGUUUGGGACCAAACCAGCACAGUGUUUAAUGGCAUGACUCUGGUGGAUUUACAAACCUUCAUUACUGAGGAGGAAAGGUCGUCGCAGAAGGAGACUGAGAUGGAGGGAGGUCCAGUGUUAGGGCAGUGGGUCGGCUGCCGGGGUCAUGGUGUGAGAGCAGAGCAGUGUAAGGAACACGACUCAGCAGGUGAAAUGUCCCAGGCCAAGGUGGCCAUGGACAUCCUGUGUCUUCUGAUGAAGGAGCAGUGGAGCUGGCUAUGUUCAAAAAACAUCCAGAGGACUGUCAGGCUGCUGUUUGGAACCCUCAUUAACAGAUGGCUUGAUGUGAGUGUAGCCAACUUGAUGUGCACCAAGUACUGGGUGUUGUACCUGCAGGUAAUCCAGGAGGCAGUGUGGCCAGGAGGCGCGUUGCCAGCUGCCCCGCCACCUCAUCGCAGCCAGCAGCAGAAAGACAGCAGCAAGCAGCAAGCCUUAGAUGGUCUGAUGAAACUUCUGCCAGAUCUGGUCUCAGAUAUGCUGGGUUCUGAUAAGUACAGGCUGAGCUGGCAGACAGCUCUGGAUUCUUUUCAAGACCCUUACAUUAACAGACACCUUGUCUACUGUAUAUUUGAUCUUCUGUUGGACUUCCUGGUUCCGGAAUUACCACAGGAAGAUUUCCAGAGAACCCUCCUGCAGACUCUCUCUAAGAAGCCAGAAAUGAUGCUGGCAUGAAAAGUGAACCCAAAUGCAGCUCGAUUAUUUAUCUUUCCUUCAGCCUAACUGAUCUGCUGGUGAAAAGUGAGGGAAAAGUUCCUUUCCAGUAAUAUCAGGUCAUGACUGUGACAGUUGUUUAUGAUUAUGCUUAUCUUCUUCUGUGCUCAUUUUAAACUCUUUAGAUCACUUUGGUGACACCCUAAGGUAACAUAGUUACGUUAUUUAACAGCGUUACACGCACACUGAAUUUCAAUCUGCUGAUGAUUGUAAACCACACCCGGUUUGUGUUUGAUCCCACAGACCAGCAUAUCUUUUGUUCCAUUGCGAACAUGUGGUAAAACCUCGCUCCAUCUCCAAAUCCGGCCUUCUACUGCCUGCAUAAUUUGCAAGCUUUAACUAAACUGUCUUCAGAUACUUGAUCCCUGUCCUGCACAAUGUGACGGUUUCUCCACCCCAGGGCUUCAUAUGUUAUCCUGACAAAAUGUGAGAUUUAUUUCCCUGAAUUUGAGCUUUUCUGAGGGAUUUACCUAUCAAGCGUCAAUGUGGAGGAAAAGUACACACUGUAUGGGAUGAGUUUCGAGCUGUCCAGAAAAGGUUUUUUUUUUUGUACUGGUUUUACAAGCACAUGUCUCAGCUGUUUAAGAAGGCCUUUUAUGAAAUGAAACUGGGCAUCAACUAAAACAUUACAUAAGAGGUGUAGGAUCAACAUUGAUAUAACUUCAUUUAAAACCACAAACCAUUCUGAAAGAGUUUGUGAUGUACGGUGUGUCAACAUGUAAUGGUCAUAAGUAAUUCUACCGCUGACUCUUGUAAAACUCUCUGAGCAGAAAUACACCACAUGAAACAUGUGAGUUCUUUGCUGCCAUCCGUUCAAGGUAUUUCACAUGAAUUUGUGAAAGUCUGUGUCCUUGGUGGUCACAGGCUGGUCUUUGGAUUUUUUAGACCCAAUUAGUCAUAAUUCGACAGUUAUUAAAUGUUGUGAGACAUGUGUGCUUGAGUUAUGGUGAAACAUUGUGUACAGAUAUGUUGAAGGAAGUUCACUUGCAUUUCGUCUCCGGUGGGAAGAUUACAGUUCUGUACAGUGUCCCAUACUAACCACUAUCCCAGUGUUCCUGGGUCCCCUUCCGUCUAUAGGACAGUGGUAUGGUUAGGGUGGAGCUGCUGGAGCCUCACGUCAGAGUCCAGUGAUUGGAGGACAGAAAAACAUCACUAGUUGGAACAAGUUUGAGACAUACUAAUGCGUCAUGUUUGCCAUACCACUAGUGUGACGCAACAUUAGGCAUUUAGGUUUAACUUCACCUGCCCAGUGAGAGUCUAACUAGGGGAGGAAACACUGGCAAGUUAUCAGUCAAUAUUCCCAUAUCAGCUGUACAAAGAUGUCAUAUUGCCAUGAGUUUGUAGAAAAGUAAAGCCACCCUUAGCAUGAUGGAAGGCUAACAUCUACACGACAGGACUCUGGGUUACUUAUUAAACACAACUGGGUGUGAACUGAAACACAACGCUGUAGUAGAUUCACAGUACUACAAUCACUCAUUGAUGAGUUUGCCAUUGUUUGAUCAGGUGAAAAGAUACCUGUGAUACUACACAACAUUUCCAUCUGUUGAGUCAUGCUGGCUCUAUUGGUUCACAUCAACAGUCUUUACAAAAUGUUUAACUGCCAUCUUUUCUUCUUUUUUUUAAAGAAAGCUGAAUGUACCAUUCAUGGUCUGUUAGAUUCCAAUGGGAAAGGCUGUGAAACCUUUGGUUUGCCAGCAUGUGGUGUUAAUGUCCACAGUAUAUACAUCACAAAGAACAAGAAAAAGAUUCCUAGCAUAGCAUUAAUAAAGCAGUACUUAGCUAGGCUCUGUGUUGCUAAAUAUUUGGGUUUCUGUGGACAGGGCCUGCAACUUCCAAGACUGCUGUAACAUUGUUCAACUGAAAAACUGAAAGGCAACUUGUUAAAGAUGUGCAUAGUGCAUAUCUGCUACUUUAUAGUUGCACACCAUGGACAGAAACAUUUUCAGUUUUUCAGUCAUUUUAAAUAGCUGCAAUCAGCAGUCUAUCUUUUAGUUGUUAGGUCUUUCUCUCUCUCUCUCUCUUUUUUUUUACAAACUGACUACAAUAUGUUGUCUUUCCACUAGUACUGAUGGAAGAUGUUCAGAAAAAAAAAUUCAAUAUAAUAUAAUCAUGUUUGUUACAAAACACAUUAUUAGUUCAUGUGUCUGUUAGAGACAGGUGGAACUUCAGUGAGUUGGCAGCUCGUUUUCUUCCUUCAAAACGUCAUGAGCUGGUGAUAGAUCUAAUACCAUUCUAGUGUUUUGUGCUCAUUAAGUUGUCUUCAUUUUGCCUUUAAUUGAUUUUUUUCUUUCUAAUUAUUAUUAUUCGGUGUAUUCACGAACCUGCUUAUUUGGUGUGGUAUAUAAACUAAGCUAGUCUUGACUUCUGUCCAUAAUAUAAGAUGUGACAAUACUAACAAACUCUUUCUGACAAUUUAGUUUAGAUUUAUCCUCUUUGUUAGCUUGACAAUAAAUAAAUACAUAAAGAAAUUCACUAACUUGUUUUUAGUUAAAAAGCCAAUAAAUAAAAAAAUAAAAUGUUCUAAGUAACCAGUGCCUGACAGUUGUGGAUUUCUCUUUUGGUGCCUUUAUUUUGUAUAAAUCUAGAUUCCUUUUAACUAAUAAGCUAACAGCAGAGUAGGACCAAGAAGAAAGAUAAUUUCUACUGUCCUAAACCAAUUCUAGUGUAAAACAUUUACACUACAUUGUUGUAGCAUCCAUUUUGCGAUCCACGUUUUGCGUGGUAAAGUCAUUAUGGAUUGUUUUCUUUUUUUGUACUAAACAAUAAACACUGAGGUUAUUAAUGGUCUAAUGCAAGUCUGACAGUGGUUAAGAUGUUUUUAAAACUGCAUUGCAUAAACUGCUACAACAUUGUUACACUUUUAGGAUAGUAGAAAUAUGUUAGCCUUAGCCUCAAUGAACACCUCUUUUGGAUUUACACAAAACAAAAACCUUAGGAGGAUUCUCUGCUUCUGAGAUGUUGACUCAGUGUAACCUCUCAACAAAACCCCAUUUUAUAAAAAUAUCUGGGCUCUGUAAAGCAGUUGUAUGAGGGGGAAGGGUCAGUUUUAUCCUGUUACCAGAUGAAAGCUUACAGGAUGCAUGUGAAUUUAUUUGACAACCAUAUUUUAUGAAUGUUUGUUUAAAAUUACAUGCGGAUCUAAAUUAAAUUAAAGAAUGUAUCUACUAAUUCUGAUUUCCUAUAAAUCAUUAAUAAACAAUGAAUUACCAAUACAUGGCCAGUAAAAAUUGUACUCACUGUAUAGCAUAAUGUACACAUUGCAGAAUGUCACUCACUUGGUCAGGGCCAUGCAGAGUCUUUUGGAAGGUCUGUAACUGUACAUAAUUUUUUGAUAUCACCUCUGUGAGAUCUAGAUUUGUAAGGUUGAGAAAUAAAUUAUUGUCUUUAUAUUUCCCAUUCAACAGAAUCUUGAGAAAUAUCCAUGCAUUUACACUUAGUCGAUUACUGUAACAGUGAUUACUGUAACAGUCGAUUACUAUUCAAGUUUAUUUAAUGGUUUCAGUAUAGAUAAAUUAAAAAAUAAAUUGUACUUUUAGGAUUUAAUUAGAAGGUUUUCUUUGUAAAAGUGCAAAGAAUCUUAGUGGUAGUUUGAUUGUUGUGUUACCAUGGCUACAAUAUGGUGUAAUCUUUGUGUUUGGGUUUGUUCACAAAUACAUCUCAGUAAAUAAAAGCCAAUAAUCAGUGAUUGAUUUUAAGCUCAGUCCAUUACCCUAAUCUCACAGAUUCACUAAAUCAAUAUUUAAACAGAGGCAGUUUUGUUUGUUCAGGGUGGAUUUUAUCCAAUAUGUCAGCAGUGGUGUGAACUGCCUGGUUGUCACAUUAUGUUAAGGUGCAGAACAGUGAGCGGGUGGUACCGACGAUUUGAGGAGCGUUGCGUUGACAGUUGCGGUACAGUUUCUUUAUAUCAGGAUAUCUGGUUCUGACCUAGAGCCAUGGAGCUGACUCAGGCUGCAUCUAGUCCAGCACUGGGCAGGCUGAUUAAGUUAAAGUCAGAAGUUUUCUCUGCUGCCGAAACAUUUCUGUGUUUGAAGGCGAGAAGGGUUUUUCCCACUAUUUCCCUCCGUCAACCCUCCCACCCCAUUCUGCACUUGCCUGCAUUUGGUGUAAGGCACUAGGUUUGGAGACAUUCAAUGCAUUUCUUAAUAUCUUUCUUAAAGCCAGUAACGGGAGCAGUUGCUUCCCAAAUUAAAUUUAUAAUGUUCCACAUAAAAAUAGUAAUUGUUUUUUUGGGGGAGUGGGAUUUCACAUUCACAACAUCAGAAAUCUAGUUUUUGCUCUUAUCCUAGGAACACUCAGACACACCUUAGUUAGACCUAUAAAGUUCAUUAUCAGUAAAGUACAGUUUGCUUGUACAGUCAAGGGGAUUCUGUAAUAUUCUGUUUAUGAAAAACUAAACAGCUAUAGAGACGCUACAGGUCCACUGACUCCUGACAUGUUGACCACUUCUUUGGAUUGUGUUUCUCUGCUCUACAAUUAGUGGAUGUGUAAAUAUUUUCAGGUGUCUGCAAAUAAAGUUACCAAAGCAUGAAGUGUUAAA